AACAAGGAAAACAAGUGAAUGGAGAAAUAUAUAAGAAGCAUUCAGUUUCGGAAUCAGUUCAUUCUAAAAUUAAAUAUUCUGAAAGUGAGGAGGAGAGAUCUUGGUGGUACUCCUUCUGUCUGAAGUGUCGAUCAAAGAAAGAAGAAGUUCCUUCAUGGCAACCUGAUUUCUGGCCUAAGUUAUGCCCCCAACCGUUUUGUUUGACGUACAGACAAUUCACACGAAUCAUAUCACUGAACCUCAUAGGGCUUUUGUCGUGGUGCAUUCUCUAUGCUAUUGUUGGAGAUAUUGCUGCACCACCAGAUGGAAAACUUUUCCAACUCAUACUUCUUACUAUCAGCGCACAUAUAGGAGGAUGGCUCAUCAGUUUGACGACACUUCCGACACUCAUUGGAAUGCUUUUCACCGGCGUUUUGUUACAAAAUAUCGGUGUCGUGAAUAUUGACGAAUCGUUUUCCGAAAUUUGCAAACAGCUGAGGAAUGUUGCGCUGGUCAUAAUUUUGAUUCGCGCCGGUCUAGACUUGGACCCCAAAGCAAUACGCAAACUCAAGUUCACUGUUAUGAAGUUGGGUAUAAUACCUUGGUCCUUAGAAACUCUUCUGAUCACCACAUUAUCGGUAUUUUCAUUAGGCCUUCCGUGGAGUUAUGGAAUUCUCUUAGGAUCUAUCGUUUCUGCAGUUUCACCAGCAGUUGUAGUUCCUUGCCUAUUCAGGCUCAGGAUCAAGGGGUAUGGUGUUGCCAAAGGGAUUCCUUCUCUCAUUAUUGCAGUUUCUGGAAUCGACGACGCCUUCUCUGUUGCUUUUUUUGGAAUCAUAAAGGGAAUAGUGUUCUCUGACAGCUCUCUGGCAAAUUUGAUAAUUCAGGGACCGGUAUCUAUUAUUGGAGGUAUCGGAUUUGGAGUUCUAUGGGGAAUUAUUUGUAACUAUUCCCCAGAACGUAAUGAUCCCUUUCUUAUCCCACUACGAAUAAUUUUACUCUUAGUUGGAGGACUGGUUGCAGUUUUCGGGAGUGAUGUGCUUGGAUACGGAGGAGCUGGACCAUUGGGCUGCGUUAUAGCUGCAUUCACAUCCCUUGUCUGUUGGUCAAGGCAAGGAUGGGACAUAGAAGAUAAUCCUGCUGCUACAGCAUUUGAAAUAUUCUGGAUGAUAUUCGAACCCAUUCUGUUUGGAAUAACCGGGGCAUCAGUAAAACUGAACCAGUUGGAAGGAAAUGUGGUUCUUAUAAGUGUGGGGAUGCUUAUCGCUUCCACUAUAUUGAGGAUCAUCUGCACAAUCUUAGUUGGAAUAGGAUGCGAACUCAACCUGAAAGAAAAAAUAUUCGUGGCAAUUGCUUGGAUGGCAAAAGCAACAGUGCAGGCUGCUUUGGGGCCAGUAGCAUUAGGAAUGGUUGCUAUUGGCACGAUAGAAUAUGAAUAUGCUGAUAAAAUCCUGGCCACGUGUGUACUGUCAAUAAUGUUGACAGCACCUACCGGGGCGAUCCUCAUCACACUCCUGGGUCCAAGAUUAUUGACGAAAACAAAAUUCCCAAUAGAACCAGAAGGUUGGAGAAGGAGUCACCGGCCAUCUGUGAGAGAUAUAAGUAUAAUUGAUGAGGAGGAAGAAAGGGGCCAUCAUAACGUUGAGACAGAAAACAAUUUUCACAUCAAUGAAACAACGUGAAAGAUAUUUCCAUUAAUAUGAUGAUUCAAUAGCAUAUGUAAGUGAACAAUAAAACGUUUGAAAUGGUU